CCAGCAUUACUGAUAACCUAACCCAGGGGCAUAAUGAUUUUAUUCACAGAUAGACUGCAUGUGAUUGAUAGCCUUCCUAAUGUCUGGAUGCUCGAUGGAAGAAUCAUAACAUCUGCUGAAAGGAAUCAAGUGAGACAGUUUUUCAAGGACAGUGCUCUUAGUGAUAGACCAGUGAGACAUAAACUGCCUAAAAAUCAGUUUGUACCAACAUCAUUGAAGAACAUUGCAAUAACAGGAGUACAUGGAUGUAGGACAGAUCAUCUCAUGAGGAACUUCCCUAACAAAAUGACCAUCAACAUAGACAUUGAUAAAAGAAGGUUGCUUUACUUGGCCUAUAACCUGCAGCAAGAUGUCAACUUAGAAAUUAAACAUAAAAAGAGUGAAAAAGUAAAACCAUCUAAAGUAAUAGAAUACUUAAUCAACUGUAGAAGGAAUGAUCAAGAAAGAUGCAAUAUGGUGUUGUUACUUCUCGUGGGUUCUUUAGAGUUUUCUAUUCCUCUCUCACUUGUUCAACACACAUUAGAAGUAGCAAGGCUCAGCAAUAUUGAGGAAAUACAAACAAUAGAUCUGUUCAUGUUUUCAAGAGAGACGCGAUGUAGAGUUGUGUCAUUGUUACUCUCAGCUGUCAAGAUUGAAAGAGACCAGUCCAUUGUAAGUACUAAAGAUUUAGUUAACCGAGUUAGUUACCGAGAAUGGAGGCAUUGCUUUAUACAGGCUGAGGGUCACAGGCUGUUUAUAGCGUACUGCCAACAGCAUAUUUUAUCAAAUGACAGCGUUAUUUAAUGUAAAAAAGAAUAAAAGUGCACAGAACUUCAAGCCGGGAAGAUACGGGUUUGUACUGCCCUGUUGUGAAAAGGUAUAAGGUCCCCAUCGCAUGACCAUUUUCAAGGGAUUUUUAAGAGAGCGAGUAGGGCCGAAAUAUGGGUCAUAUGAUAAAAUUCCUUAGUACUUAGUGAUAAAGUAGUUUUAAAUUGAAGUAACACUGCUUUGUGACACUUUUGAGAUACUUUAUACCAAAUAGUGCUGUGUUGUGAUGGCUUUAAUAAAUCAAACAAAAAAUGGUUGAUGAUCAUGAUGAAGAUUAUUGUAAAUGGUGAUGAUUUGUGAUGAGAAUGAGUUAAUGAUGUCAAUGAUAACAAGGGUGAUGUCAAUGAUAACAAGGGUGAUGUCAAUGAUAACAAGGGUGAUGUCAAUGAUAACAAGGGUGAUGUCAAUGAUAACAAGGGUGAUGUCAGUGAUAA